CAAUUAAUGACCAGUUAUACAGUACAGUACUAUGAACCGAAGACUAACGAGGUUGUGUCUUCAUGACGGCCCCAGUGGACCAUGUCACUGAUCCUGUUUGCCUUUGUGGUGCGGGUGAGGGAUGGGCUCCCACUCUCAGCCUCCAGAGAUUUUGAACACAACAGGGAGUUACAAGAGCGCAAGCAGCAGCUGAAGACUGUAUCUAAAGCUUUAUCGUUGCUUCCAGAAAGAGGCACGGUGAAAGGGAAGGAUCUUAACAUAUACUUCAUCUCCUCAGAGGGUGUUUCCUACAUGACAAUCUGCUCUAGUAGCUUCACAGCUGCCAUGGCUUUUUGCUUCUUGGAGGAUCUCAGAUGGGAGUUCAGAGCUUCGUAUGACAACACCAGCAUUGGCUUGGUCUCCAGACCCUAUCCAUUUCUGGAGUUUGACAGUGUUAUUCAGAAGAUUAAACAUCAUUACAGCUACAGCCGCUUCCCCUCACUGAGAAUGAACCUGGCAGCAGUUGAGGAGGAGCUCAGGGUGAGACCUUCCAAGAUCCUGACAGCGGAGGACAUGGUGAUGCACAAUGGGACAGCUAAUGGGCAUGCACAGCCUGUCUCAGGGACUGCUGCAAGUGAAAGAAUGGAGCCGGUGACAGCCCUGGGGAUCCUCUCUCUGCUUCUCAACAUCAUGUGUGCAUCGCUGAACCUCAUUCGAGGGAUUCACCUCAUUGAAUACACUCUCCAGGAUGGCAGUGAAGGGGUCUGGAAUGCACUCGCAUUCCUUUUAGCUUUUUUCUGCGGUUUGUGGCAGUGCUACUUGUAUUUGUUCUUCACCUCAGUAAAGAAGCUGCAGGCCUUCCUGGCACUGGCCUUUGUGUUUCUGUGCAAUAUCUAUUUAUGCGAACUCAGAAAUAUUUGGCAAAUACUCUUCCACACAGCAGUGGCAUCUCUUUCUACAUAUCAGAUUUCCAUAAGAAAACUUCAAGAGAAGCUCGACGACUGUGGAGUGUGAGAACUGAAAGAAAUCUCAGUGGCUAUAAACCAAUUCAUACUGAUUCAUGAGCUGGAUUACAGAGAUGAAUUCAACCAACACGGAGACUUUUAUAAUAAUCUGCAUUCCAUCCAGUAUAGACUGAUUCAUACUGAUUCAUGAGCUGGAUUACAGAGAUGAAUUCAACCAACACGGAGACUUUUAUAAUAAUCUGCAUUCCAUCCAGUAUAGACUGAUUCAUACUGAUUCAUGAGCUGGAUUACAGAGGUGAAUUCAACCAACACGGAGACUUUUAUAACAAUCUGCAUUCCAUCCAGUAUAGACUGAUUCAUACUGAUUCACGAGCUGGAUUACAGAGGUGAAUUCAACCAACACGGAGACUUUUAUAACAAUCUGCAUUCCAGCCAGUAUAGACUGAUUCAAUGUUUUCUUAGUGUUUUUGUUUGUAUUAUCAUCUCUCCAUGACAUUCUGAAAUGCACUUCUUUUUUAUGCAGCAUUAUUUGCACUGCAUUGGUUUAAAAUGCUAACAGUCAGAUUGUGGAACUGCUACCAGAGCACUGACUGAAACCUCAUGCUUUAUAUUGUGUGCUGCAAAAACCGUCCUUCUGAUUGUGCGUGUAAGCCAGUGCGUGAAAGGAAGGAAGGCGAAGGUCUGUCUGAGUCUGAAGGAGUGUCCGGGCAUUGCAUCAGGACCACUGCUUUGAGCUCUUCUUACAACAUCACAUGGAAGCUAAUUACAGGGAGUGCUACAGUAUUCAAGUGUAGUAGAUAAGUAUGUGCUGGACUGUAUUGUAUUGGCAGCGUGUUUCAGUUGUUAUAAAGUAGCUAAUUACUGUAUAAAUCAACCGCACAGGUAAGAUAAUUACAGUGUAUCAGCCUGGUGUCUAGAAUUAAUAAUCGAUUACUGUAGGUUAACAAAAUGGUACAGUAUUGUGCCUAGUGAUAGCACCACCAGCCCCCCACCCCACACUCCCAUACAGACAUCCCAUACAGAGUGCAUGCGCUUCACUUAUUUCAGCUGAUAGGUACAGUACCAGGAGCAUAUCCGCUGCAUACCCAACUCAUAAUGUUGUUGUGAGCGCACACGUCUGUAGGGUUCAUGCACAGACAAUAUUAUUAUUUCUUCAUCCUAUAUUGGAAACAUGUCAUUUUACAGCAAGUGUCUUCUUGCCUCAGUAGAACAGCUCGAAAAAACACUCUUGAUUUCCACAUGUGGCACCGAUGGAUCUGAUAAUGAUACAUGUUUGCAGUGUUCAUGUUUCCAGGUUAAUGUUAACGUGCUGACUGCUGAUUUUCAGAACAUGUUGUAAUUUACAGCCCCUGCAGCUCAUUUUGUGGAUUGUGUUGGCCCAUAAUCAAUCAGAGUUCAACAUGCUGCACCUCACAUGUUUAUUAGGCACAAUAUUGUAUGUCAUACUGUAUUUCUUUAGAGAAUGAUUUAAAAAAAAAAACCUGUAUUGUUUAACAGGAAUAGUCUUUCCUUUAUAAGCCAUGAACAGCAGCUCCCAGAUGCAGGAUGUUUCAGUGCAUGCCUCGGAGGCCUGCAGGCCCGCUGGUAGUCAUGGAAACGGCAGGACACACCUAGUGAAAAGAUUGGGUUUUUCUUAUGGUGAAGAACAAAGUGAAAUGACAUUUCGGAAGCUGCCCUUGUUUACUUGUUCUAUUGAAGGUAGUAGUUUGUAGGUGUACUAGUUUGUACACUGUAAGUGUUUCCAGUGCUUGACUGCAACUUUACUCUGCACUGAGGGCUCUGUUUACAAGGCAACAUGUACAGCAGGCUGCAUGUUAUGACUAACAUUUGCUUUCUCUCAGAUUUAUAGCACCUUGUUUAAUAUAAAAAAUAAUAACAAGUCUUGUAUUCAAGGUACCUUUCAGCAUCUUCUGACAUUAAAUGAGUUGGUUUUCAUUUGGUCUCCGGAGUUGCACCUCUUGCAUUGAUACCCAACACAAGAAACAUUGCUAGAGAUAAUGGAUGUUUUUAUUUGAGUUUUUCCAUUAUUUUUCUGGCUCCUGGUUUUAUGUUGUUUUUUUUGUUUGUUUUUUUGGUACAGGUUUUAAAUGAAACAGCUUAUUUUACCUUUGGAAGUUAAAAAAAAAAAAUAAGUUGAAGGAAUGAAGUUUAAUUGUUUUCAAGCAUUAUGAACAGAGCUUCCUGCAAUUCCUCACAUGUAACGAACAUCUCCUUGGGUAUUACUGUCAGUAUGCAGCGCCUGUUCCAGCGAUACAGACACUUCUCUGAUCCGCAGUAUCAGGGGAGAUACAAGAAGAAGGGGCAGCAGCAUCACAACUGACAGGUGCUUUAUUGAGCCUGUUUGUUCUUAAAGGGUUUUGACAUGUAUUCAAAUAUUCUAAUUGGAGAGCCACAAUUGAACCUUUUGCAGAGAAAAAAAUAAGUUAUUUUAACCCAACCUAGACAUGUAUAUACUUUAUUAUUUUAACCCAACCUAGACAUGUAUAUACUUUAUUAUUAUAAUGGAAAAAUAUAAAUAUGUCAUUGGGAUUUGAGUGUAAAUGGAACCCCUUUACAGUAGAGUUUACAACCAUGUGAUGUGAAUUGUAUUGAAGAAAAAGAACGAUGGGGAAGAUGAUAAGGAGCCUUUAUGAUUCUCGAAUAAGAUGUGGUGGUACUGCCAGGACAAUGGGUUGAGAUCCUUAAAAUACAAAUACUAUAGCAACAUGUCACUGUGACAGUGAACGUGAUGCAAUACUAUAGCAACAUGUCACCAUGACAGUGAAUGUGAUGCAAUACUAUAGCAACGUGUCACCCUUACAGUGAACGUGAUGCAAUACUAUAGCAACGUGUCACCGUGACAGUGAACGUGAUGCAAUACUAUAGCAACGUGUCACCGUGACAGUGAACGUGAUGCAAUACUAUAGCAAUGUGUCACCGUGACAGUGAACGUGAUGCAAUACUAUAGCAACGUGUCACCGUGACACUGAACGUGAUACAAUCUAUAUUGUGUUUUUAUAAUAAGGACAGUGUAUGAAAUCGAUCAUUGCCAUUCAUUGGAGACAACUCUCCUCCAAGUUCUCCUCUUUCUCGUUCAUCUGAAGCUGCUGAAGCUCUAAGUUCUCCUUUUUCUCAUUCACCUGAAGCUGCUGAAGCUCCAAGUUCUCCUCUUUCUCGCUCAUCUGAAGCUCCAAGUUCUCCUCUUUCUCGUUCAUCUGAAGCUGCUGAAGCUCCAAGUUCUCCUCUUUCUC